AGCACCAUAGCUUUACUUUGCCUUUAGCGAUUAAAAAAAGUCCACGCUUUGCCAGUAUAGAUUCAUUAAAAACUGGAGGACCCCCCAAAUUCUCACUCUGAAGACAACCAUUACCCUGCCUUCGCUCAGAUUUUCCAUCACAGGCCAUUUUUAGUUUCCUCUCUCCUUUCACUUUUUCUCUCCCUCUAGCUCUUGCAUGGAAUAGUACAAGUGUUAUUAUUACCAUAAUCCUGUCUCUGAUCACAAGAAGAAACCGAACAUGAUGCCUCGCAGUUGCUCACAGUGCGGAAACAACGGCCACAACUCGCGCACAUGCGGGGAGAGUCCAGCUGGUGGGGAUCAGAGUAGUUCUACUGGUAUUAUGCUGUUUGGUGUGAGGGUCACUGAAGUAGCUGCUUCUUUUCGAAAAAGUUAUAGCAUGAACAAUCUCUCGCAGUAUGAUGAACAGCCUCACGAGGAACCCAACGCCGAUGUAGCCGCCGGUUAUGAAUCCGACGACGUCGUUCACGCCUCUGGCAGAAGCCGCGAGCGCAAAAGAGGGGUUCCAUGGACAGAGGAAGAACACAAACUUUUCUUGUUGGGCUUGCAGAAAGUAGGGAAAGGAGAUUGGAGAGGGAUUUCAAGAAACUUUGUCAAGACACGAACCCCUACGCAGGUGGCUAGUCAUGCUCAAAAGUACUUCCUCCGCAGAAAUAACCAGAAUCGCCGACGACGGAGAUCUAGUCUCUUUGAUAUUACCACUGAUACAUUCAUGGGUUCAUCAAUGGAAGAAGAUCAAGUACACCAAGAAACUGCAACUCCAGCAUUGCCACAGCUACAGCUACAGCCACGGCCAUGUUUGAACAACAAUAGGCCUGGAGGGUUUCCUAUGUCAACUUUUCCUGUAACUGCAAUUAGUCCUGUAACUUCACCGGUCAGUGGUGACAACCCACUGGAGAAGCUCACAUCAGGACAGACAAACGUAAAUAAAAAAUCAUCCAAGCUUGUUCGUCCAGUACCAAUUGUUCCAAUCCCUCCAUCUUCAAAAAUGGCUGAUCUUAACUUGAAUCAGAAAAGCCCCGAAGACCAAUUCCCAGCUCUAUCACUCAAGCUCUCUACUCCAUCCUCCGAGGAGCAGCAGCAGUCACCACCAGCAUCGACACAUUCAUCAACAUUUCAGGCCAUUUCGAGUAGUGAUAGCAUCAUUAGUGUUGCUUGAAGAAUAUGUAUAUACAAUUGCCUUACAUAUAUAUAAAUAUGUGAUAUUAUAUUAAUGGGGGGCACGUACUUGUAGAGGUUGGAAAAUAUUGGAUUAAUUAGAAGAACUAGGGCUAAUAUUAGACUACUACUAUUAGGUGAUUCUUGCUCGUACACGUUAGAGAGAGAGAUUUGAAGAAAAAGAUUGGAUGUCUUUUUCCAUUGUGGGGGAGAUUUAUGGAUUCUUGUUUACUUUGUAUGCUUCCUUUUGUGGUGAAAUGAUAGGGCACCCAGUACUCUGUGUCAGCUACCAUAUAUGUAUCAGAAUCUCUUACAACUAGAACCAGGAAGAAAUUCCAUGUUUUUUCUUAGUGGGGGAGAAGUGUUGCAGGUAUUACGCCAUUGCCUCGCAGGAAAAAAAAACAAAAGGCAAAUUGUUUUGUGUCCAUUUAGACAAUGCGAUUCAAUAGUGUAUUUUUAUUUUUUAAAAAUUAUUUUUAAUAUUAAUAUAUUAAAAUAAUUUAAAAAUACUAAAAAAAUAUUAAUUUAAAAAAAAUAAAAAAAAUUAAAUUUUUUUAAAAAACGUGUACCUAAAUUAACAAGUUGAUGAUUAUUCAAGCCGAAUUAAUAAUUCUACGGAAAAAAAUAUUGUCCAUGGGCCAAGGGCCCAACACUUAAGAGCCGUAGGGAUGUUUCACGUUCCUUCUCCCUCUCUUACUCAUAAAUUAUUUUCUUUACUUGUAAUCAUUCUCAUUUACAAAAGAAAAAAGAAAAAAAAUAUUGUCUAUGGGCCAAGGGCCCAACAUCUAAGAAAGCGUCAGGAUUAUUCCAUGAUCAGCGCAGCAUGGUUGCUAGCUGGAGGACAUAAAGAGGAAUGAAUCGUGAGUAGAAAGGAGAGCAGUAUGGCGUGCUGGAAAUCAGCAUGGAUCCUUGUAGUAGCAGCAGUAAUAUUCGCGCUGCUCUCUUCAAUUCACGCCACAGAAAAUGGAGGAGGCGUAGGGCGUAGAACAUUACUUAGUUUCAAAGAAAAACCUCACGGCAGCAACUUCACUUUCGAUUGCUCUCCUUCUGGUCCCUGCGUUCCCUGCGCCUACUCUGAGAAGAGUGAUGAAAACUAUCGAUGCAGCGAGACUGGCUAUCGUAUCCCUUUUAAAUGUAUUGAGAUUAAACAUGAUACAAAGAAUGAAAAUGGGAAGCAGCAUUCUCAAAAUGGUCGAUCUGCUGUCGAAAUCUCCGACAAUGUAAAUCCUCAUAUAUCGUUGCAAGAUGCUGCCUCUAACGAGGGUAGAAUCUUACUGGAUGGUUCGUCUUCAGCUAAGGAUGGAGUUCAGACUUAUAUUACUUACAGAAGCUGUAUAUCAGCUAAUGCAGAGAAGUUGUCAGUACUUGGUUUUGAGGGGAUAAUUUUGUGUUUGUUACUCGCAAGUGGUUCAGUCGUGUACUUCCGAAGAAAGCAGACCUUUACCAGGGCGUCUGGAGCUGGACCAGGGAGUAUCCAGAUGAACUCCAGAUUUUAACUCUGAAAUUUUCUUCAACUGAGGUUUUCCCCCCCGCAUGAAGCCAGCCAGUUUUAAUGAUAUCCGAGGGUUUGAAGCUUUUGGUUUGUGUACAAAAGUGUUUUAUCAUUUGCAGCUCAUAUUAUCUUUUCUUCUUUGAAUUCUUCGUUUUUGCUCUGAAAUGUAUUCAUUACGUUAUAUUUUCCUGAUGCACAAAACCCUUGGGAACCA